AUGCCGAGCGCUUCUCUGGCGGCAUCCCGCCUCCCAGCGCGGCUCCUCGCGGGGGGGCACAGCGCCCUCGCCCUAUCGCCCCCGCUCCGCUGGGCGCGGGGUGGGGGUGUCGCGCAGGUCCUGGCGGACGCCAGGCCGGGGGCCAGGGCUUGCCGAAAGCCCCGGGAGAAGCGCGGCCCUGGGGCCUCACAGGGCAGGGGCAGAGGGCGGAAGGUGUCGUCCCGGGGUUCAAACUUUCUGUGCUUUCGCGUGAGCAACCUGCCCCGUCCUUACAGACUCUCCCGCUCCAGCUCGAUCCCCACCCUGCCCGGCGCGGAGGGGCUCUCGUCCCCCUUUCCUGCCUCCUCGGAGCGGUGGGCCCGGCCCUACCAACCCCUCUCCGCGCCCCGGGCCGCCGCAGCCGCCUCCUCGGGGACGGGCGGCCCGGGGAGCAGCGCCUCCCUCUCCCACUCCCCUCUUGCCCUUUUUGUGACCGUGCCCCCGCCGCACCUUCCCUGUCCCACGCUUACCUUUCCGGCCCGGCCGCCGAGGGGCUCGCCCCCCCUCCCGCUCCCGCCCCCCGCCCUGUCUCCGCCAUCCCCCGCCGAAGGGGUGUCGCACGCUGCCGAGCCGGCAGAGCAGCGGCUCUCGCCUUGCGCGCACUCGGCUGGCGCUGGCAGCCCCGCUGGGUUCAUCCGAGGACAGCGGCGGCUCCUCGCCGCGGCUCGUCUGGCUGCCAACGCCGCGGCGAGGCUGACGCUGCCGCGGCCGGGGGUGACUCACGGCGGCCCGCGGCAGCCGCCGGUUAGCGGAUCCGCCAGUCAAGCGGGGAGCGGGCACGUCGCAGCCGCUUCUCGCCUUAUUCCCCGGGCACAGCCGCCCCUCUCACCUACCUCCCCCCCGCCCCGGCCCCCUCUGCUCCUGCAAAGUGGAAUAAACGCCCACUUUUCCGGCAAACAUUCACCCUUCCGACACCGAAAAGGAGGCCACCCCCUCCUCCGUGCCGGGCCGGCGCUCCCGUCGGUGGUGGGCCGGGGUUCGGCCCCGCGGCCGGCAGCGCUCCGGCGGCACCUGCCCCCAACAUUCCAGCUUGAAUCCAGGCCAGGCCAGCAGAGGAAGUCUUUUAGAGCUGUUCAGUCUUCUGCUCUGAUGAAAACAUGCCCUGGCUAGCUGCAAACUCCCCAGCUCACUUGCCAUGACCAAUGCAGUUGCACCAAGCCAGAGCUCAGCAUAUGCCAGACACUUCUGCAGGAGGAAAGCUGUGUUUAAAUCCAUAUGUGAAAUGGAAGAUUCUUGUUUUACAUUUCUGCAAAGGAUUUAAAAAGUUAGAUCUAAAUCAUGUAUUUCAAUCUCAUCUGCUGGGGCUUCAUAGGAAGAUUCAGAAGAAGAUAUGGAAGUACUUUUGACCCUGCCUGUACUGGGAAGGGGGUGCUAGAAAUCUGGGAGCAUGAGGGGCAAGAAGGCCAACUCCUGAAGGCCUACUUAAUUCAGCAUCUGUGGUCUAACUGAUCAGCAUUACGUAAGAUGAACUUCAGCAUAACAUAACCAGUCCCAACUGAAAGAUUCCAGGUGCCCAUUAAACCUGCCAGGAAAAGAAGUCCAAGAAAAAAUGGUACUUGCCAUCUUCUAUGGCUUUAUUCCAGCAGAUCUCUGGGGUCCAAAGAGGUUAGCUGUGUCACUCUUGUCCUAGUAACAAGUCCACUGUGAGUAACGUGAUUUUUAUUAACAGUGCCAGGUGGCUGGAAACAGUCUUUUGAACAUCUUGUUGAUGGCCAUUCCUCUGGGAAUGUCUUCUUGUCACGAUUGCUGAGACAUGACACCAACUGAGACCCUUCAUCACUGACACUGCAAGUGUUCUCAACCCUUCUGGCAUUUAUCUCCAGAAGCAGCUGUCUGAAGUUGAGGUGUUAGGAGCACAUUUCCCUCGUUAGCCCUGUGAUUGAGCUCAAGUACAAGCAGAAGUUUCUUUGUUUCUCUUUGAAUAAAAAAUGCAUUUUAUGAGUUGUAAUAAAUGCAAAUAACCAUGGGGUAGGCAGAAGUCUGUUGGAAGACAGAGAGAGCUCAUUCUUCAAUAGAGACAGUGCUUUUCUGGGUUGUUGCUGGGUCCUUCGAUAGACUUCAGAGAGUGAGAGCACACAAAAAGGAGUUCUCAGUCUUUAGUGAUAACUGUGUUCUGUUAGUUUCUAGGAGUGUGUGGAGAGUCUGAGGAUGAAUUCUCUUUCUUCUUCCAGACAUCAGUGUUGGUUUGUUCUGCUUCUGUGGCUGUUUUGUUAUAAUUCUCCAGGGGCAAGGCCAACCCUGGAUGCUAUUGAAAAGAAUAGUGUGCCUUUUAAGAUCUGAUUAAUUGAGCUACUAUUUUUUUUUCCUUUGAUAGAUUGGGCCAUGGUAAGGGGAAAUGUGCUUGCAAAAUGAGCAGUAAAGUCUGUUUCUUGCAAAUGAACUUUGGAUCCUGGUCCUCAAAUUCCUGAAAGAAUUGAUCAAAUUUUUUCCAUCUGUUAAGGUGUAUUCUCCUCCUUGAGACUUCCAACUGGUGCUAAUGACCCUCACAUCCUUCCUGUGACCUGCAUCCAUUUCCUCACUGAUAUAUCUACCAAAGAAGAUGUGUUCAUUAUUGAAUACUAUCUUCUGGAUGGUAAGACAGUAUUUUUCUCUGUAUCAUACCCAUUCUUCAUGGGAUGCAUUUAUUUAUUUAUUUAUUUUUGUUUUUUAAGAGCCAUUAUUAUUUCUGGCUUAGGAUCCCAUCUCAUUUAGUAACUUACAUUUUAUCUAAUCUUCAUGUCUUUCUUCCACACUAUGAAUGCCAGUAAGGCUCUACCUUAUUUCUUAUUUCUUUUUAUUUUUUUUUUUUCCCCUGAUUUCUGACAGGAUCAGAAAAUCCAGAUGUUUUCUGAGCUCAUUCAAUGAACAGCUGAGUGAUCUGGAGUUAUUGUCACCUCUGUGUGCAGACUGUUCAUGUAGAUAAGAGACUGCCAUGUCCUGUUUAGAGACUGCAGUCAAGGCUGCAUCCAUGAUUGCAGCAAACACCACUAGCUCAUCAGCUAAGUGGGUAGUAAUGCUGAGAAAUUUCAUCUUUCCUGUCAUCUGCUGAGUAUUCAUGUGGAGCUCUUUUCAGUUUCAUGAGACCCUGGGACAUCCCAGAAGUAUCCGGGAAUGGUGCUGCACUUGGCAGUGUUCUUACAAUCUUGGUUGGUAUGAAGAACUUCCAUUACCUCUCUGUGGUAAAUAUGCAGCCCUCCUCUGUGCUCACAUGGUGUCAAUAUAGAAGAACAGCUUCUUUAAAAGUAAGAAUGUUUCUUCAAAAUAUGCAUAUAGAUUUCUUUCCUUUUCUCCUCACAGUGGACAAUCAAGGAAGACAGAGAAUAUAUUUUUUUCCUCUAAAGAAAGGAAUGGAAACUACUGUAGAAGGAAAAAUUACAUGGUCAGGAAGUAUUUAUUCUACCUUCUUCUAUGGCGUGAAUAUAUUUGUACACUAUAUAUAUUAAUAAAGCUUUAUUUCCUGGUAA